AUGUCUUGCUCAUCUCGCAUUUCCUCCUCCAGGGCUGGAGGCGGCAGCUCCGUCAAGGUGUCUGCUGGUGGCAGCAGCUUCAGCAGUGGAAGCAGAUGUGGUCUAGGGGGUGGCUCUGCACAAGGCUUCCAAGGAGGAACCAGCCGCUAUGGCCUGGGUGGGGGAUCUGGCUUUGGACAGGGUUUUGGUAGCUGUUCAGUAGGGGGCGGGUUUGGAGGAGCUUCAGGCUCUGGAGCUGUCUUUGGUGGGGGUUCUGGAUUUGGUGGAGGUUCUGGAUUUGGUGGGGGUUCUGGAUUUGGUGGGGGUUCUGGAUUUGGUGGUGCUAGUGGAGGCUUCUACAGCUAUGGUGGUGGUAUGGGUGGUGGUUUUGGCGAUUGGGGGCUUUUCUCUGGGGGUGAAAAGCAAACCAUGCAGAACCUCAAUGACCGCCUGGCCAGUUACCUAGACAAGGUCAGAGCCCUGGAGGAGGCCAACACUGAUCUGGAGAACAAAAUCAAGGAGUGGUAUGACAGAUUUGGGUCUGGGUCUGGAGAUGGUGGAAGAGAUUAUAGCAAAUACUAUCCAAUAAUUGAAGAUCUCAGGAAUCAGAUCAUUACUGCCACCAUUGAAAAUGCUGGGGUCGUCUUGCAGAUUGACAAUGCCAGAUUGGCUGCUGAUGACUUCAGACUGAAGUAUGAGAACGAGCUGUAUCUCCGGCAGUCCGUAGAGGCCGACAUCCACGGCCUGCGCAAAGUCCUGGAUGACCUGACCAUGACUCGCUCCGACCUGGAGAUGCAGAUCGAGAGCCUCAAGGAGGAGCUGGCCUACCUGAGGAAGAACCACGAGGAGGAAAUGAAGAGCACACAAGGAGCCUCCGGAGGAGAUGUGACUGUAGAAAUGAAUGCCGCCCCAGGAACCGACCUGACCAAGUUACUGAAUGACAUGAGGGCGCAGUAUGAGGAGCUGGCUGAGCAAAAUCGCCAGGACGCCGAGGAGCAGUUCAACAAGCAGAGUGCAGCGCUGCAAGCACAGAUCUCUACUGAUGCUGGGGCAGCCAGCUCUGCCAAGAGUGAGAUAACAGAACUGAAACGUACUCUGCAAGCCCUGGAGAUUGAGCUUCAGUCCCAACUGGCCAUGAAAAGCUCCCUGGAAGGGACCCUGGCCGACACAGAAACUGGCUACAUGGCUCAGCUGUCGGAAAUCCAGAUGAAGGUCAGCAGCCUGGAGGAGCAGAUCUGCCAGAUCCGGGGCGAGACCGAAUGCCAGAACGCAGAGUAUGAACAACUGCUGGACAUCAAGACCCGCCUGGAGAUGGAGAUCGAGACCUACCGCCGCCUGCUCGAUGGAGAGGGAGGUGGUUCUGGUUUUGGAGCAUGUGAUUUUAGAAACUUGGGAUCCAGGGAUUUGAUAUCCAGUGACUCAAGAUCUGCGAGCUCUUCUGGCCAAGGAAGAGAUCCAAAUAAGACCAGAGUGACUAAGACCAUCGUAGAGGAGGUGGUGGAUGGCAAAGUCGUCUCAUCUCAAGUCAGCAGUGUUUCUGAGGUGAAAGUUAAAUAAGCAAUUUCCAAAUUGACAAGAGUGUCUUUCAGAGAAAAAAUGUAAAGGACACAAAGGAAGAAAUCGCAUCAAUCUAGUCAUCUUUCUGAAUAACUUUAGGGAACAGUUUCCGUUCAGAAAUAGACAACUAACCAAUUUUUCUGCAUCCUCUUCUUUUCUUGUUAGAAUGCUCUGGAAAAAGUUGAAAUGAUGACUUGGCUCUACUUGUUUCUAUGCUUCAAUAAAUUUACUUUUGC